GUUGCCGCUAUUUUGCCUCCCCGCCCCAUCAGCGGGGAAUGGACCGUUUUAGAAAUUACCUGCCGUGACCCCUCACCCACCAGCUGAUGGAGGAUCACCACAAAAAGAUGCAAAGCGAUAGUUGUGACCCAGACAGGCCCACUCAUCCCGGGAGUUUCCCAACCUGUGAGGCCGGGAGGAGCGACCACCAGCCGGCGGAACGCAGCGUGGACUUCCCGGUGUCAGUCGUUCUCCCUGCUGGAGGCACCGGGGAAAGAACCGGUCUACAGACACCGAAACAGUUCUGCCUGUUUAUGGGUCGGCCGCUCAUAAGCUACACCAUACAGGCUUUCGAGAGGGUGUCAUGGAUCCAGAGCAUUGUGGUCGUUGUUGCCAGAGAACACAUGGACCUCAUGACGGACAUCGUCCAGCAGUUCCAGCACACGAAGGUUCGAGUGGUGCCAGGCGGCUCGACUCGCCACAGGUCGAUAUAUAACGGAGUCCUGGCUCUGGGAGAGGAGGGGAGGCCGGUGCCGGACAAACCGAAGGUGGUCCUCAUCCACGAUGCUGUGCGGCCUUUUGUGGAGGAGGAUUUUCUGUACAAGAUAGCCAUGGCUGCCAAGGAACAAGGAGCAGCAGGAGCUAUCCGACCUCUCGUUUCCACGGUGAUAGCCACCACAUCAGAGGGCUACCUGGACCAUUCUCUCGAGCGAGCAAAGUACAGAGCCAGUGAGAUGCCUCAGGGAUUCACAUAUGAUGUCAUCUAUCAAGCCUAUCAGAAGUGCAGUGAGUCAGACUUUGAGUUUGGCACAGAGUGUCUCCAUCUGGCUCUGCAGUACUCUGGCACCAACGCAAAGCUCAUCCAGGGCCCGCCAACACUGUGGAAGGUAACCUACAAACGAGAUUUGGCUGCUGCAGAGUCCAUUAUCAAAGAUACUCUAUCGCGGUCGGCGUGUGUUAUCACAGGUGGAUCUGCACAAGCCGUCACACUGGCUGGUGCCCUCCAGAAAGCCGUUGGAGCUCUCAACAUGGAGCUGGCUGUCAUCCCAGAUCUGACGGGAGAAAAUGGCGGGUAUCUGUUAAAGGACUGGAACUUCAUCCAGGUUUCUGUCAGUCGUUCUUGCCUGUCUGAAGUGGAGGCUUUACUGACAGAUCUGGAGGCAGCGAAACAGGCUCUCCUCCACCCGCUAGUCGUUAUUUUGGUGCUGUUGAGUGGUUCAGAUGAGCUGUCCGUCAGUGGGAGAGCGGUGGAGCCAGAAGCUAUCAUGGACCUGGCCUCAGCAGCAAAGCUCCGAAAUAUUCUUCUCUAUGGCAUCCAGCUUCAUCAGUCAAAGGACACCCAGCGUUGGGAGAGGUCCGUGUCUAGGGUCGCUGAGAUCACGUCAGCCCUGAUCCGGGACAGGAGCCCCGCCCUGGUGGGACAGCUUCUGCAGGCAUGAAGGGAAGCAGCAUGGACAGAAAACCCCCUCACCAUGACUCAUGAACACUGCAGGGAUAAGACAGUUGGCUUUAUUUUAGCCUUCUUUACCAAUUACAGCAAGUUUAAAGGGAUACUCCCACCAUUAAGUACAGCUGUUUCACAAAGCAUGGGGACUUUCAGGACCACCUUAAAAGAGAAAUGACAAAAUUGAAGCAGAACAGUCCUAAGUGUGGGUCCCUUGGCUAGAGGGUCUAGAGACCAUGUUUUUAUAAUCACCAGAAAGUGGAAAAAUGAUGUUUGUAUGCGGUGUUCACAGAAGGCUUUAAUGCAACCUGUGCCUCUUCAAGUUAAGAGAAUGUGAAGCGUUUGGAGUUAAUCUACUGUAUUGUGACAUGAUAACUACUGCUUGUACCACUGGAUAAAGUUGCUCAUGACUGACACUAAUAUGUUAUAAAAUUGUUUGUAUAUAUUUUUACUCCAUAAAAUCUGCUUAUUUAAAACAAUAAACAGUUGUUAUUAAUUACUCUAA